AUGUAUUUAGUGUACAGAAGGUAUCGCCAAUGUCCAGAAAGAAGUAAACUCAACGAGGUUCGAACGGAACCAGCAUCAAUUGUUGCAGUUGUUGGCUCAGGUGGCCAUACAAGAGAAAUGUUACGAUUAAUGAGUGCCCUAAGUGGAAAUUAUUCACCAAGACAUUAUGUCGUAGCUUAUACAGAUAGUAUUAGUGAAAAUAAGGUUCAUUCUCUAGAGGAUAAUUUGAGGAAGAAAAAGAAUCUAAAAAAUGAGUAUUUAAUUCACAAAAUUCCAAGAUGUCGAGAAGUGAAUCAGUCAUGGUUUACAUCGUUUGUUUGUACAGUUUAUAGUGUGUUAUAUUGCAUACCUUUAAUGUUUAUUUGUCGACCAGAAAUAGUAUUAUGUAAUGGACCAGGGACAUGUAUACCCGUUUGUCUAAUUGGUUGGUUGUUAAAGUUCAUUGGCUUUGUAAAGACAAGAAUAAUUUAUGUAGAAAGUAUUUGUCGUGUUGAAAGAUUAUCAAUGACUGGUAAAUUACUCUAUAACUUUGCUGAUAACAUCAUUGUGCAGUGGCCUGAAUUACAGGUGAAAUAUCCUAAAUGUGAAUAUUACGGUCGGCUUGUGUAA